AUGACAUUGAACCAAAUUAAAAAGUUUGAACACGUCAACAACGUCUCCAUCAACGUCUACACCACUGAAGAGAAGAAGGUUCUGCCGAUACGGCUCGCCACACAGAAGAUGGAGAGACACGUCAAUUUGCUGUAUUUAGAAGGAGCAAACGGCGUGGGGCAUUUCGCGUGGAUACAAAACUUAUCGCGCCUCGUGAGCUCACAAUUGAGUAAAAGUAAUCAUCGAAAAUACUUUUGCGAUAGAUGCUUGCACUACUUUAGUUCGAGUAAGAAGCUGGAAGCUCACACCGUAGAUUGCGAGAAGAUGAAUGAUUGCGCAAUCGUAUUACCAGAUGAUGACAGCAAGUGGCUCAGCUUCAACAACUACACCCGGAAAGAGCGACUUCCAUUUGUGGUGUACGCCGACCUCGAGUACAUUCUAGAGAAAACUGAUCGAGGAGCGCCAAGAUACACGUAUCAGCAUCAUAAAGUAUUUAGUAUUGCAUAUUAUGUUCAAUGCGCGUACGAUUCGUCCUUGUCGGUAUACCGAUGUCGUCGUGAUGCGAAUUGUGUUUCCUGGUUCUUCAAAGAAUUAAAGAAUUUAGCACAUUUUGUUAAAUCAAUUUUAUCAAAUAACAUACAAAUGGAUGAUUUAACGAGCGAACAGCAGGAGGCAUUUCGUAACGCGACGCAUUGUCACAUUUGCGAAAAACCGUUUGGAGAAAACAAUACGAGGGGUGUUUUUCCGUACGAGUACAUUGACUGUGCCGAAAAGUUGGAACAAUCAUGUUUGCCAUCGCGCGAAUCAUUUUACAGUUCCUUGACGGGUGAUACAGUAUCGGAGAGCGAGUACGCCCACGCCGAGAACGUGUGGACACGGUUUUCCAUUCAAACGCUGGGCGAGUAUAGCGAUUUGUAUUUGAAAACAGAUGUCUUGCUGUUGGCCGAUAUUUUUGAAAACUUUCGUGAAAGCUGUAUAACAAGUUACGGACUCGAUCUCGCGUAUUAUUACACUCUGCCCGGUUUUACGUGGGAUGCCAUGGUGAAGCAUACAAAAGUUAAUUUCGAAUUACUAACAGAUAUCGACAUGGUCCUGUUUAUCGAACGCGGUAUACUCGGCGGAUUAAGUCAAUGUUCAAGUAGAUACGCGAAAGCCAAUAAUAAAUACAUGCAGUCGCACGAUCCAUCGAAAGCGUCGUCGUACUUGAUGUACUUGGAUGUGAAUAAUCUGUAUAGGUGGGUAAUGUGUCAACCAUUGCCAUAUGCAGAAUUUCGAUGGGUCGACAACGUUGCAAACUUUGACGUGUCUUCGAUUGCUGCAGAUUCGCCUACGGGUUACAUUCUAGAGGUUGAUUUAGAAUAUCCGCAACGUUUGCACGACAUUCACGGCGACUUGCCGUCCUGCCCCACACGUGGCAAACCACCUGGCAAAAGAGAGGACAAGCUGCUCGCAACUUUAUACGAUAAGCAGCGCUACGUUAUCCACUAUCGUAACCUGCAGCAAUGCACGCGACAUGGUAUUCGUAUUACAAAGAUACACCGCGUCCUCCAAUUCGCACAAUCACCGUGGUUCCGCGAUUACAUCGAAUUAAAUACAAAGUUUAGAACUCUCGCUACAAACGAUUUUGAAAAGAAUUUGUAUAAAUUGAUGAACAAUGCGGUAUUUGGCAAAACUAUGGAGAAUGUGCGCAAUCACGUCGAUGUAAAAUUAGUAUCAAAAUGGGAAGGGAGAUAUGGUGUGGAGGCAAUGAUCGCAAAACCAAAUUUCCACAGCUGUAGCGUGUUUUCGGAAGACUUAGUCGCCAUCGAACUGCGAAAGCUUGCGGUGAAGUUCAACAAACCAAUCUAUGUGGGAUGA